AUGACAACAGCGUCCACAAUUACAAAUUGUGUUGUUCCGAAAACAACAAAUCUACAGGUUCCGGGAACAUCAGCCCUGACACAAGCCUCCACAAGUACAGCUUCUGUUGUUCCGAAAACAACAAAUCUGCAGGUUCCGGGAACAACAGCUAUGACAACAGCGCCCACAAUUACAGAUUGUGUUGUUCCGAAAACAACAAAUCUACAGGUUCCGGGAACAUCAGCCCUGACACAAGCCUACACAAGUACAGCUUCUGUUGUUCCGAAAACAACAAGUCUGCAGGUUCCGGGAACAACAGCUAUGACAACAGCGUCCACAAUUACAGAUUGUGUUGUUCCGAAAACAACAAAUCUACAGGUUCCGGGAACAUCAGCCCUGACACCAGCCUCCACGUCGUCUCUUAACCCCAGAAUACCAGGAUCUAUUGUAUCAGAGAGACACUCAGCCGAGUUGCCUGUUGUACCAGUGACUGCUGAUUCUUCUACAGUCACUCAGUACAACCUUAUACAAGUACAGCAGCAGUUUGGAGAUGUGACAGUGAAGGGCGCUGAGAAUCUGAACAUUGGCGGAACCCAGAAUGUCGGUACAACUCCGACCAAACAGGAUGAAGAGGAGGUACCACUGACUGCAGCACAGAAGAUCAGGAAAAGGACGGCGUCCAGGAUACAGUCGUGGACUAAAGACAUGGUGGAGACAAAAGCCUUCAAGAAAGUGAAAGAGAAGCUGGACAGAGGAGCCACAUGGGUAACAAUUAAAGGAAGACCAGGAGAGGGGAAGUCCACAAUAGCCUACAUGACCCUCAAAGACCAGCAGAGUCAGGGGAGACAAGUAUACCAAGUGGUGUCACCAGCAGAGUUCAAUGAGAUCAUAAUGGCCUGCACUAAUCCUGUCAUUCUGUUAGAUGACAUAUUUGGUGAUUUGGAAUUUGACACAGCUGAGUGGGCUAAGUGGAGACCAAGUCUACGACCUAUCCUGGAUGUGAAACAUCCUGACAAAUAUGCUGAAAAGGUUCCAGAGAGACAAAAAAUUGAUCAAACACAGCUAAAACAAACAAGUCCAAACAAAGACAAAACUAUCAUUAUCCUCGUAGGCCGUGACUAUGUGCUGAAAUCCUCAUUGGCAGACUUGGGAAGGAUGGCAGAUUACAUUUCCAGUCCCCAGUACGUAGUGGAAGUUUCCUCACAGAGAGACUCUUAUGAGCGAAAGAAGAUAUGGCGUGUUCAUGCUGAAGCAAACAAUAUAGACUUUGAAGAGUCAGUUGUGUCUCAGAUAUGUAAGGCAGACUGUCCACACGGCUUCCCCCAUGUCUGUAAAAUGUUUUCCACAGCAUAUGAAAAGGACUGGACUCACCUUCAAAUGCAAAUGUUUUUUCAAGCACCACUUGAUUUCCUCAGACAGACUUUGGAUAAAUCUAUCCAAGACAUGAGAAAGCGUUCACUGUUCAUGGCCAUGAUUAAAAGAGAUGGGAAGAUUAGUGGACAAGAGCUGGAAGAGGAUGAUAGUCUGGGAUAUGAAUGCAUACAAGCUGCUGAUGAUUUGGUUGGAUCUUACCUCAAGAAGGAAGAUGACACUUACAUGUUUGAUCAUCCGUCUAUAUAUGACAGUGUUUCCUUUAUUCUCAGUACAAAACUGUCGAAGUUUGUCAUCGAAAAUUGUAGUUUGUCAUUUAUCCGCCAGCGCCUUCGUCUUGCAUCCUCCAAAGAAAGAGAGAACAACGUUCCUGGUGAGACAGGUAUUGUUGCAAAUAUCUCGUGGACUUAUGCUGGACAUUUAGCUGGAAGAUUUGCAAGUGAAAUUAAAAAGAGCAAUUUUUUGAAUGUUUUAUCCCACCAGGCAUUUUGUAAUUCAGGCUUUGUUGACUUGCUAAUGGGCUGCCUGAAGAACCGAUUUCACAUGCGUAUAUCUGAUAUUGUGAAACUAAGUGAUAGCAACUACAAAACAUCAUUUUGUGAAUUACUUUCCAGCAGCAAGUCACAUCAUCUCAUUCAAAUUCUUAUGGAGAAAGAAAAUAUAUCAUUCAACCGGAGGGAAGAAAGGGAUAUUUUAAGGGGUGUUUGCCGGAAUGCUGCGUCCAAUGUACUGAAAUACAUCAGUGGACAUAUGAAACUACGUAUAAAUACGAAAUGUAAGGGGCAGACGCCACUAGUGUUAGCAGCAGAAACCAAAGACAGUGCGUUUGUCAAUCAGAUGUUAUCCCUUAAGCCUGACCUGAAUGCCAGAGACGAUGAUGAUCGAAGUGUUUUUCAUUAUCUUUGCAAAAAUGGCCUUACAUCAGCCGUGGAACAUGCGAUUGACAAAGGUGUGAACGUUAAUAUGUAUCAUGGGCCAAAUGAACACCCCAUAUACCUUGCGAUAGAGAAAGGUCACUUAGAGGUCGUGAAACUGUUGGUUAACAGAGGUUGUGAUAUAGACAGCAAGAGGGGUUUCAGACGUGCUCUUCGGAAUCGGAACGAGAAAAUGGUGCAGUUCUUUUUACACAGAGGAGUAGAGGUUGACGCUUUUGCAGUGCACACAGCAUGUGAGAUCGGGGAGCUGAAUGUCGUCAAGAUGUUGUUUGAGAAGGGUGCUACUAUGAACAUGAAGGCAUCUGAUGGAAGUACUCCUCUUCUGAGAGCAUGCAGAGGAAACCCUAAUGUUGUCUCGUAUUUGCUGAAGAAAGAAGCCAGUGUGAACCAAGCCUCAACAUUUACGGGAGACACAGCACUUCAUAUAGCAGCAGAACGUGAAUCUGCAGAGUGUGUUGAUAUGUUAUUGAAGGCUAGCUUGAAGGCUGAAGGCUGGAGCUGA